GUGCCUCGGGCCGGCGCGCACGGCGGAAUCAGGCGGCGGCGUGCGAGCUCGUCGGCUCCUCACCGCGGCCCGCCGGACUGCGGCACGGCUCCCUCAGCCGCAUCGCGACGCGCCCUAGGCGAGCCGAGCAGCCGGCGGCCAUGGGCGGGGAGGAGGAGGUCGUGCGCAUCGCCAAGCGGCUGGACAAGAUGGUCGCCAAGAAAAGCGCGGAAGGGGCAAUGGAUUUGCUGAAGGAGCUGAAAAGUAUGCCAAUAACUCUGGAUUUGCUGCAGUCCACUCGCAUUGGGAUGUCUGUGAAUGCACUCCGGAAGCAAAGCACAGACGAAGAUGUGAUCGCACUUGCCAAAUCGCUUAUCAAGGCCUGGAAGAAACUCCUUGAUGCCUCAGAGGAUAAGAGUGACGAGAAGAAAAAGAAUUCCUCCUUGCCAACUUCCUCCUCAAAGGAGAGUGGCGACUCGAGAGACCAAAGCUCCGCCAAAAGGCAGGACCCGCCGAAGACCCCCACCACACCCAAGAUCACCACCUUCCCACCAGUGCCUGUCACGUGCGAUACGGUGCGCAACAAAUGCAGAGAAAUGCUGACCUCCGCUCUCCAGACGGACAAUGACUAUGUGACCAUCGGUGCUGACUGCGAGCAGCUUGCAGGCCAGAUUGAAGAAUUUAUAUACCAAGAUGUCAAGAACACAGACUUGAAGUACAAGAACCGGGUCAGGAGCCGCAUCUCCAACCUCAAGGACUCCAAGAAUCCUGACCUCCGGAAGAAUGUCUUGUGUGGAGUGAUCACUGCAGAGCAAAUUGCAGUGAUGACCUCAGAGGAAAUGGCCAGCAACGAGCUGAAAGAAAUCCGGAAAGCCAUGACGAAGGAGGCCAUCCGGGAGCAUCAGAUGGCCAAGACGGGAGGGACCCAGACCGACCUCUUCACCUGCGGGAAGUGCAAGAAAAAGAACUGCACCUACACCCAGGUGCAAACCCGCAGUUCAGACGAGCCAAUGACCACUUUUGUUGUGUGCAAUGAGUGUGGAAACCGCUGGAAGUUCUGCUGAGACAUCCCGGACCAGGGCAUCAGCUGCAGCCAACGCUGGGCCGGAUCUCUGCCAUACAUUCCCCCAACACCGUCAGCAACUUUUGUACUGUUUUUGUCGCCGAGUUUGCUUUGUGCUCUGUACAUCAUCCGGGGAGAGAAGGUCCCGGCUGCCUGCACACCUCUGGAAAGAGCAGCAGCCGGGGUUGGAGGCUGGGAGGGGGCCGGAUGGAGAAUUUGUGUGGACUUGACCACCUUUGGAGUUUCUCAUCCUGAAUCAGUAUUUUGUGAGGGUCUGGAACAGUAUUAAACUUUUUUUUUUUUGGUUUUGGUUUUUUUAAAAAGAAA